ACUGCGCGUUAUGGCGGCCUCCAUGCUAUCGUUUUCCUGAUGUAAUGUUCCUGUCGCGAAUCCACUAAAAUUUAUUCUGAACUCUUCGGAUAACCUUGCAGCUUCUCAGACAAUUCGACGAGGUACAUGCACAGAUGCUACCAGUGUGAGCAGUAGCAGUGUGAUCAUGGAGCCCGCUUUUUUAACCGUCUAUGUCGCCUCCAUAGUCACGGCCAUAGCCACUCCAUAGCGUGUCGCUCUUCGGUUGCGGCUGAUGCAUUGUGAGAGCACCCGGGCAGGCCUUCAGUACCGAGCUAACAAGAAGGUAUCGUCAACGAAUUUAGCGGCGACAGCGACAAACAGCGCCAUCUGCAGCAGCCGUCGUGCGAUUUCCAAGCGCGAGGAUUCUCAGAAGUGACGCCGGAUUCCACUCAGUUUUGCGACGGCGGUAGCUGGGUUGCUACGAGUCGAAGUCGUUGCAGCAGUUUGCCCCUUUCUCGAAGAAAAGGAACAAGGUACAGAGCAAGGCGCAGCGGGAUGGAGGAACAGACGAUGAGGAUGACAAGAUGAGCUCCCUAUCUCCCGGGAACAUGUCGGCCACAGGAUCUGGACGUGUGAAGGUGUCGCUGGCACCUGGCCGGUCCUUGAUGGAUUGGAUCCGGUUGACACGCAUGAACCCCAACCUGUCCGGAGUCGGUGGAAAGAUCCUGGACAUCACACCCGAUGAGCUGGGGAAGCACAACAAGCGGGAAGACGCGUGGAUAUGCUUGAAGGGCAGGGUGUACAACGUUACGCCGUACAUGGAAUUCCAUCCAGGUGGAGAGGAUGAGCUGAUGAGAGGGAUUGGGAAAGACGCCACUGACCUCUUUAACCAGGUACACAAGUGGGUCAACUUUGAGUCGAUGUUGGAGAAAUGCCUGGUUGGGAAGCUCGUAGCACCCACAAUAAGCCUACGAAAAUCCAGCUUCGCAGUCCCAAAAAUACAAUUUUUCAAGAAAUUACAUCGAAGUGACACGACAGCUUCUGAAGAUGUUCCAGACCUGGGCGUCGACUUUCCAGGCAAACCUUUCAUGGGUUACGAGUGGUCACAAGAUGACUCAACGAUCACCAUUACAAUACAAUGUGGAAACGACUAUGCAUUGGAGGAAGACCGAGUGGUGGCUGACCUCGUUGGUCAACGGUUGAGGAUACGAAUCGGAGUCGAAAAGUUUUUUUACUUCAUUCACGCAGAACUGCAAGAUACUGUAUAUAACGAUUACUAUGUUCACGUAAACUGUAAAUUAAAAUCGGUGGAGGUCCGCCUAGUGAAGGAGAAGUCCGGAAUCUCGUGGUCCUCACUUGGAACAUUCCUGCCUGGACAUAACCAAACAGUGCCUUCCAAAGCAGCAGAUGUCUUCUCCAGGCCUUGCGUCCUCAUCGACAAAUGCUCGGUCACACACGAUGUCUACAUCUUCACUUUUGCACUGCCUCAGGGCUCCUUCAUGUGGUUACCAAUAGGUCAUCACGUGUCGUUAGAAUGCAAUGUUAAAGGUAUGAAAAUAUCUAGAAGCUACACCCCUGUGAUCCCUCGUUUAGACCGUGACCAGGCAACGAGUGACGGAAAGUGUAUACACCUUAUGAUAAAAGUAUACUCUGAUGGUGUUUUGACGCCGGUGCUGAAUGACUUAUCAAUUGGUGAAACUGUUGAAAUGAAAGAUGCGGAAGGAGACUUUGAUGCUUCCGUCCUGUCUAGGAUACGUAACCUCGUGCUUUUGGCCGCUGGCACGGGAUUCACACCUAUGGUACGACUUCUGCACUGGGCUCUCUUUGUAUCGAAGGAUGUCAACGUGAAGUUGAUGGCAUUUAACAAGACUGUGAAGGACAUUAUCUGGAAAGACCAACUAGACGCGCUGGAGGACAGCAACGAUCGGCUCUCAAUUGUGAACGUGCUUUCCGGAGCAGACGACAGCUGGGAGGGUCCUCGUGGUCGAAUAUGCAUCGAUCUAUUGCAAGGAUUUAUACCCGACGAUGACCCUGGAGACUCGCUCCUGGUGUGCGUCUGCGGACCAUUGCCUUUCACCAAGACAGCCCUUAAGUGUCUGGAAGACCUAGAGUAUUCUCAAAACAAUGUCCAUGCAUUUCUUGGCUGAGGAACAGCUGUGUCAACGUGGGCCAACGGUCCCUCUGCAUCCGGAACUUAUGACCACUGGCUAAUGCCCUGCAACAUGUUACAUCGUUAAGAUAUAUAUAUAUAGCAACUAAUAAAUUUUGUACGUAAUGAUGCAAAUUAAUACGUUUGUUGAAUAAAUAAGUUUUUGUAUUAUAAAGGCUG